AUGGAUGUCUUGCUCGCGAAGAGAGAGGGCCUUCUGUGCAAAGUGCAGAACCGAUUCAUUGUGUUCGAUAAGAGGCUGCAGCCGGGAGAGGGGUUUGAGGAGGGGCUGAUAUUCGACCACGGGAGCUUUCACAACAUCCCUGGCUUCCCUGAUAAUGUCCGGGGGGCAAAGACUCAGUUCUUCCCCAUCCUGCAGCGGGGCAACUCCAGCGCUGACCCGCCGGACAUCCAGUCACCCACCUUCCAAGCCUGCCAGGUGCCUCUGGUUUGGUGGCCGUGGUGGCCCUUCAACCCAGCGGACGUCUAUCUAAACAGUGUACUGCCACUUGAGCGCAUGCUGCGAGAGGGCGUGAUUGACAGCAGUGUGCAGCUGGUGCCUGUUUUGGACGGUCUCCGGCCGCCAAGGUUCUACCAGUGGUGGUUUGCGCCGCUGACGGAUCCACCGGUCACACCGUUGGCUGAUGUGUCAGCAAGAACAAGGGCCGGCAGCCGCUGCUUCCAGCGUCUGCUGUUCUGCAAUCUGCAGGGAUUGUGGAACCAGCCAGCUGAUGGCAACUGGAGCGCCGGGCUUCAGCCAACCAGGGUUGGCCAAAAGAUUGUGAAUCACCACUUGAGCGAACAGCAAGCCAAUGCAUCAAUGGCAAGAGAGGCUGGCACUGCAAUCAAGGUGGCGUUCAUAGAGCGCACCAAAUCGCGCCACAUCCUCAACCUGAAGGACCUGAUCAGGCGAUGCAACGAGCUGCAAGUGGGAGAAGCACCGCGCAACAGAAGCGUGCAGUGUACGGCUGUGAGCUUUGAUGACGUGGGCAACUUCACAGGCCUUCUGGCAGAGCUGCAGACCAUCGACAUCCUGGUGGGGGUGCAUGGAGCGGGUCUGGUGAACACAUACUUCAUGCGGCCGGGGUCAGCCUUUUUGGAGAUUUUCCCCUGCCGCUUUUCCCACCCCAGCCUCCUGUUUUGGCCGUCCCAGUACUUCUGGCAUCCCCACCGCCAGGACAAGAGAGUGAACUAUCGGGAGGGGGCUUCUUUCGUGCAGGCAACGUUGGCGCGAGACCAGGACGUGGCUCCAGACUUUGAGGCUAUCAGCGAGGCUGUGUCACGCUAUGCACGCUUUGCCAGCAGGGCGGGCAGCGUGGCAAGCAAGCUUGACAGCACCGAUGCGAGCUACUUCAUUAUUGACAGCUAG